AUGGCCGACACCACCGCGGCCAUCAAGGCCGAAGCCACAGAGGAGAUGCCUGAUCGCCUGGGCACUCCUGAUGAGGAGGACUUGUACGAAGAUGCCGGCGACCUCGAGUUCUUCGACGCCAACAGCGCUUCGCAACUGAACCAGAUGUACCUUGCCCGGUUGCCAAAAUAUGUCUGGGAGAAGUGGGAGAAGAUGUUGGAGCGCCUUAGCGACGAGGACGAGAUUCAGAUUGCUACCAUGCGCCUUUGGUACGACAAGAAUGAUGCAAGCCAGGGAACGAAACCUGUCACACGCAUGCUGUUGAACGAUAAAAUACCAGAGCAUCAAGGCAUUCCUCUCGAGUACAAAAUGGACAUCAAAAACAACGACAAAGAGCUCGAGAACCACUUUCUGUUCAGCGAAGAGGAUCUACCAGGAUUCAAAGCGAAGAACAAGGCGCGCGCUGCGGCGUUGAAGAAAGGCAUACCAGCUCAUAUUCUAAACAAGCCCAGAGACGGUGCUGUCGAGAAGCCAGCAUUCGACCGCAGGAAUAGAUAUCAACCAUUCUAUCGCAAGGCCAUCCCCAAAAAAACAAAGAUUGCUGGAAAGUUCAAGUUCGACUGUCGCAUUGAGCCGCUCAACAAGGCUGAGGAGAACAAGAUGAUUAUGCGCCAACUGCAUGAACUGGAGAAGCCUAAGAAAGGCAUCAAAGUCAUCAGUGGAAGCGAAGCCGCAACCUUCCGGACUGGCCCAUCGGGUGGCAAUAUGUGGAACAACAACUUUGUUAAGGGAGCUGCGCCGACGGUCAAGCAGAAGAAGGGCCCCACGAUCAAGGCUGCUCGCCUUCCCAAGAACGAGCUCCUGGACUUGCUGUUCCAGAACUUUAACGAAUACCAGUACCACUCCAUGAAAUCUCUACGCCAGAGAACGCAGCAGCCCGAAGCAUGGCUCCGCGAGGUCUUGGAUGAAAUUGCUGUUCUUAUCAAAGCUGGUCCCUUUGCCAACAGGUACAAGCUGAUCGACAGCUAUGCGGACCGUGGUACAACACAAGGCAACGUGGCGGAGGAAGCCAACGAGGAAGACGAGGAGGAAGAAGAAGAAGAAAUGGAGGAUGUGAUACCCUCCUAG